CCCAGCUCCUUCUUCGCUCGUUACCGUCGCCCCCCCCACAACCUCCGAACCCCGCACACUUCUCCCUCACCCGCUCCACCUCCCCGCCUCGACUCCGCUGGGUGGCGGGGGGUGCGGAAACUUCAAAGCGCCGGAUCACAGGCUCCUUGACUGCUCCUCGACUGGGAAUUUCAGACUAGACGCUUAACACUUAACGCAAACCUGUUCUCCAAGAAGACGACAUGCUCUCGGCAACCCCCCUGUAUGCGAACGUUCACAGCUGGAUGAGUAGCGAGAGGGUCCGCAUGUGCGGGACCAGCGAAGACAGGAAAAUUCCUGUGAAUGAUGGUGACACUUCAAAAGGCAGAUUGGAACUGAGGGAAGAGAAUCCCUUGAACCACAACGUGGUGGAUGCAAGUCCCGCCCAUCGCAUCGAUGGCCUGGCUGCACUGAGCAUGGACCGUGCCGGCCUGCUCCGGGAAGGGCUCCGAGUGCCCGGGAACAUUGUUUAUUCGAGCUUGUGUGGACUGGGCUCAGACAAGGGCCGCGAGGCUGCCACAAGCUCCUUAGGUGGCCUGGCUUUCUCUUCGGAAAGGAACCCAGAAAUGCAAUUCAAACCCAAUACGCCCGAGACUGUGGAGGCCGCUGCAGCCGCCGCUGCCGCCGCCGCCGCCGCUGCUGCCGCUGCCGCUGCAGCCGGGAAGCCCCCCAAUGGCUUUAGUGCUAUAUAUAAAACGCCAUCUGGGAUCCAAAAAAGUGCUGUCGCCAGCGCAGAGACGCUAGGCUUGGACAGGCCUGCCAGCGACAAACAGAGCCCACUCAACAUCAAUGGUGCUAGUUACCUACGGCUGCCCUGGGUCAAUCCUUACAUGGAGGGGGCCACGCCAGCCAUCUACCCUUUCCUUGAUUCGCCAAAUAAGUAUUCACUGAACAUGUACAAGGCCUUGCUACCUCAGCAGUCCUACAGCCUGGCCCAGCCACUGUAUUCUCCAGUCUGCACCAAUGGGGAGCGCUUCCUCUACCUGCCCCCACCGCACUACGUCAGCCCCCACAUCCCAUCAUCCCUAGCUUCACCCAUGAGGCUGUCCACUCCUUCAGCCUCCCCGGCCAUCCCACCGCUGGUCCACUGCGCAGACAAAAGCCUCUCCUGGAAGAUGGGAGUCAGCCCAGGGAACCCGGUUGAUUCCCACACCUACCCCCACAUCCAGAACAGCAAGCAGCCCAGAGUCCCCUCCACCAAGGCCGUGAGCAGCGGCCUGCCAGGAGACACGGCCCUGCUGCUGCCGCCGUCGCCACGGCCCUCGCCCCGCCUCCAUCUGCCCACACAGCCGGCCGCAGACACCUAUUCUGAAUUCCACAAGCAUUACGGCAGGAUCUCCACCUCGCCAUCAGUCACCCUGUCGAAGCCAUACAUGACAGUCAGCAGUGAGUUUCCCACGGCCAGGCUGUCCAACGGCAAGUAUCCCAAGGCCCCGGAAGGGAGCGAGGGUGCCCAGUCGGUGCCCGGGCACCCCCGGAAGACUACGGUUCAAGACAGAAAGGAUGGCGCUUCACCUCCCCUGCUGGAGAAGCAGCCCGUUACCAAAGAUGUCACUGACAAGCCGCUGGACUUGUCUGCUAAAGUGGUGGACGUAGACGCCUCCAAAGCAGACCACAUGAAAAAGAUGGCACCCACGGUGCUGGUCCACAGCAGGGCUGGAAGUGGCUUAGUGCUGGCCGGAAGUGAGAUUCCAAAAGAAAGUUUGUCUCCUCCAGGAAGCGGCUGUGCUCUGUAUAGAUCAGAGAUCAUCAGCACAGCCCCCUCAUCCUGGGUGGUGCCCGGGCCAAGUCCUAAUGAGGAGGACAGCAGCAAAAGUGUUAGCCUGAAGAAUAAGACCUUGGACUGGGCCUUACCGCAGCAGCGGAGUUCCUCCUGCCCCCGCAUGGGGGGCACCGAGGCCGUGAUUGCUACCGUUUCGGGGUCCAUGUCAAGUGGGGGUCGCCCGGCCUCGGCGUCACCAGCCCCCAAUGCCAAUACUGACAGCACCAAGACUAGUAGGAGCUCCGUGGACACCACGCCGUCCGUCAUUCAGCACGUUGGCCAACCCCCAACCACACCUGCCAAGCAUAGUGGCAGCGCCAGCAGCAAGGGCACCAAAGCUAGUAAUCCGGAACCACCAAGUUCAAUAUUCCUCUCUCCCAACGAGGCUUUCAGGUCCCCACCGAUUCCCUACCCCAGGAGUUACCUCCCUUACCCAGCCCCUGAAGGGAUUGCCAUCAGUCCACUCUCCUUGCACGGCAAAGGACCUGUGUACCCUCACCCAGUUUUGCUGCCCAAUGGCAGCCUUUUUCCUGGGCACCUCGCCCCAAAGCCUGGACUGCCCUACGGACUGCCCACAGGCCGGCCGGAGUUUGUGACCUACCAAGACGCCCUGGGGCUGGGCAUGGUGCAUCCCAUGUUGAUACCGCACACGCCCUUAGAGAUCGCGAAAGAAGAAAAACCCGAGAGGCGAUCACGCUCCCACGAGAGAGCCCGCUACGAAGAGCCCAGCGGCCGCAAUCGCUUUUCAGACAUGUUGGAGGCCAGUGGCACCAAGCUUCACCCCGAGCUUCCUGGUGACAAGACCAUGAAGGCCAACCCCAGCUGGAACCCAGGAAAGACCGUAGUCAAGAGCGACAAGCUCGUCUACGUGGACCUGCUGCGAGAAGAGUCCGAAGCAAAAGCUGAGCCCAAUGCAGCCAAGGCCAGCUUUGCCGCGGACGGGGCAGGUCAGAGCGUGGAGGCCGCCAAGCCCCCGGCGGAGCCCGCUCUGCAGCCACUCCGGGACUUCAUCACCCUGCGAGAGGACUUGGGGCGGAUGGGCGAUUUCCAUGACACUUAUGCCUUCAAGCAGGCGCCGGGCCAACCCGUGUUCAGCCUAAAUAAGGACACCAGCCCGGCCAGCACCAACAAAGAAAACCUCGGGAUGCCAGCGGCCACGCCCUUCCUGGAGCCCACCCUGGGGGGUGAUGGCCCUACUACAGUGGCUUUUGGUAAAAGCCAAGAGGAUCCCAAACCCUUUUGUGUGGGCAGCACCCCUCCAAGUAUGGAUGUCACCCCCAGCUAUACCAAAGAUGGAGCAGAGGAGACAGAGCCGACUGACGGCAAAGUUCUGAAACCGAAGCCAUCCAAGCUGGCCAAGAGGAUCGCCAACUCGGCAGGUUACGUGGGUGACCGGUUCAAGUGCGUCACCACCGAACUGUACGCUGAUUCCAGUCAGCUCAGCCGGGAGCAGCGAGCUCUGCAGAUGGAAGGAUUACAAGAGGACAGUAUUUUAUGUCUACCCGCUGCUUACUGUGAGCGUGCAAUGAUGCGCUUCUCAGAAUUGGAGAUGAAAGAACGAGAAUGUGGCCACCCAGCUACCAAAGACACCGAGGUGUGCAAAUUUGGCCCCGCCGACUGGGACAAGUUGAAAGGAAAUCAGGACAAAAAGCCAAAGUCGGUCACCCUGGAGGAGGCCAGUGCUAACCAGAAUGACAACGAGAGAUGCGACUUCAGUGCAGCAAACAAGCAUGAGCCCUUUGAAGGCUCAGAGGACAAAGACCUUCCUGUGGAGAAGUACUUUGCCGAGAGGCCACCUGGCAGUGAGCCGCCCGCACACCAGGCGGCCGCUGACCUGCCGCACAGCCCCACUGUCCGCUUGGAUAGGAAACGCAAAGCCUCGGGUGACAGCAGCCACCCCGACACCGCAACCGAGGAACUGCCAGAGGACCCCGCGCUCAAGGCCAAGCGCAGACGGCUUUCCAAAGGGCUCCAUCCUAAAAAACAGCGCCACUUGCUGCACCUCAGAGAGCGGUGGGAGCAGCAGGUGUCGGCCGCAGAGAGUAAGUGUGCCCGGCAAGGCAGAAAGGAAGUGGCCCAGGCACUUCCGUCUGAAGUCACCAUCCAGGGAAAUAACCUCAGCGAAGAGAAAGCCAGCAGGAAAAGGACCGAGGCCAAAGGCAACAGAAGUUGGUCCGAAGAGUCCCUUAAGUCCAGCGACAACGAGCAAGGCUUGCCUGUGUUCUCCGGCUCUCCGCCCAGGCCGAGCCUGUCAUCCACCCAUGUGAGCGGGAAGAAGCAGAGUCAGCCAAACUGCACGCCGGCCCCAAGGCUGCCUGCCAAACAGCCGAGAAUUAAAGAAAGCCCGAAGACAGAUGCGCUGUGCGCCGACGAGGAGGACGACUGCUCGGCGGCCUCUCUACUCCAAAAGUACCCCGAGCACAGCGAGAAGCCGGCGGGCAAGAGGCUGUGCAAAACGAAACACCUUAUACCUCAGGAGCCCAGGCGCAGCUUGCCGCUGCCAGGGGAUUACUAUGUGGACAACGCCGACGGCAAGAUGACCGUGCGCAGAGUCCGAAAGCGACCUGAGCCCAGCCCGGACUACGAUGCGUCCCCGCCAGCCAAGCAGGAACCCAAGCCCUUCGACCGCCUGCAACAACUGCUGCCAGCCCCGCAGGCCCCACCGCAGCUGCCCCGCUCAAGUUCUCCUCAGGAGACCACCCAGUCGCGCCCGAUGCCACCGGAAGCACGGAGACUUAUCGUCAAUAAGAAUGCUGGCGAGACCCUCCUACAGCGGGCUGCCCGGCUGGGCUACGAGGAAGUCGUCUUGUACUGCUUGGAAAACAAGAUCUGUGAUGUCAAUCAUCGAGACAACGCAGGCUACUGUGCCCUGCACGAGGCCUGUGCCAGGGGGUGGCUCAACAUCGUGCGGCACCUCCUGGAAUAUGGCGCUGAUGUCAACUGCAGUGCUCAGGACGGAACCAGGCCUUUGCACGACGCCGUGGAGAACGAUCACUUGGAAAUUGUCCGCCUGCUGCUUUCCUAUGGUGCUGACCCUACCCUUGCCACGUACUCAGGUAGAACCAUCAUGAAAAUGACCCACAGCGAACUGAUGGAAAAAUUCUUAACAGAUUACUUAAAUGACCUACAGGGUCGCAGUGACGAUGACUCCAAUGGCUCCUGGGAGUUCUAUGGCAGCUCUGUAUGUGAACCCGAUGAUGAGAGCGGCUAUGACGUGUUAGCAAACCCCCCAGGACCAGAAGACCAGGAUGAGGACGAUGAUGCCUACAGCGAUGUGUUUGAAUUUGAAUUUUCAGACAGCCCCCUCUUACCUUGUUACAAUGUUCAAGUGUCCGUCGCUCAGGGGCCACGAAAUUGGCUACUGCUGUCAGAUGUACUGAAGAAAUUGAAGAUGUCCUCACGCAUCUUCCGCUGCAACUUUCCAAAUGUGGAGAUUGUCACCAUUGCCGAGGCAGAGCUCUACCGGCAGGUCUCCACAAGCCUUUUAUUCUCUUGUCCCAAAGACCUGGAAGCCUUCAACCCGGAGAGCAAAGAACUGCUUGAUCUGGUGGAAUUCACCAGCGACCUGCAGACUCUGUUGGGCUCCACCAUAGAGUGGCUGCACCCCAGUGAAGGCAUCUCGGAAGCCAGCUGGUGAGCUUGGCAGCUCCUUGGCGGAUGGCGGACAGUGUGUUCUGUGGGAAUCCUUGUGCAUAUGUGUCAUAGUACAGCUAUUUCUGUAAAGAAAGGACACUAUUACAUAGGAAAAUAUCUCUUCUUUAUAUAAGAGAAAGUGCUCCAGUCAGAAGAACUUCAAAAUCUGUUGUUUUCUUUUGAAACUUUUUAAGUCAGUUUUUAUAAAGUUGUUAUAUAGUGUUUCUUUUACUUUUGGAUGCACACAUGCUUUGGAAUUGGGAUAGAUUUGUUUUUACUUGGAACAUUUUUUUUUCUUUACUUUUUUUUUUUUUUUUUUCUAAAGGGGAAGCAGACAUGAGGAAAAGGAGCUUCACAUUUUGAUUUAAUUUCAUUAAAAGUUUUGAUGCCAGAGGUUCUAAGUAUGUAAUGUGUGGUCUGAAUUUGUGUGGUUGGUUUUGGGGAGCGAAUUUGGUGAAGGCACUUGGUGGUGUUGUACCUUUAUGUUUUGUUUACAGAGUACCUGCUUGGGCCAGGUAAAUGCUAUUGGAUAUAAUCCAGUAGUGUGUAAUAUAAAUUCAAACCAUAUCCACACACAACAACUAAUUGUAUGAAACUUUUAUAUCCUAAUUUAAAAGCUGUGAAAUUAGUUUUCACGCAUCAAACCGGAUUGUUUAUAUGUUUAAACAUUUUAUGCUCUUAUUUAAAGAAGACUUUGAGCUAUUUUUUUCUGUACCCUGUAAAAUAUUGAAAACUAACAUAAUAUGUUGAGGUUGCUUGAAAAAUGUACAUAAAACUAAAAUUUUCUGAAUUGUGUGUUUAUGUUUGAAAUCUGUGUUUUAACUUUGUAAGUAAAUUCUCUGCCUUUGUAUUUAUAUUUUACAAAAAUUUUCUUAAAAGGCAAUAAACCCGUUGAGGAAAGGAGAAAA